UCUCUCUCUUAUAUAAUCCAUCACUUCCCGCUAGGGUUUUCGGGUAGAGUUUCAGGAAGAGCCGGAGCAAGUGAAGGCGCAGCCAUGGUUCUCAAGACGGAGCUUUGCCGUUUCAGCGGUGCCAAGAUCUAUCCUGGAAGGGGAAUCAGGUUCAUCAGAUCUGAUUCUCAGGUGUUCUUGUUUGCCAAUUCCAAAUGCAAACGCUACUUCCACAACCGGUUGAAGCCUUCCAAACUGACAUGGACUGCCAUGUACAGAAAGCAGCACAAAAAAGAUAUCGCCCAAGAGGCUGUGAGGAAGAGGAGACGGGCCACCAAGAAGCCGUACUCGAGGUCCAUUGUUGGUGCUACGUUGGAGGUCAUUCAGAAGAAAAGAACAGAGAAGCCCGAGGUUCGUGAUGCAGCCAGAGAAGCCGCUCUCCGUGAGAUCAAGGAGAGGAUCAAGAAGACAAAGGACGAGAAGAAGGCCAAGAAAGCCGAGGUUAUGUCUAAGCAGCAGAAGUCUCAAGCCAAGGGCAAUCUCUCCAAGGGUGGUGCUCCUAAGGGUCCCAAGCUGGGAGGCGGCGGUGGCAAACGCUGAAUUUGUAACCUACCUGAGCUUCUUCCUCUUUCUAUACUCGUUCGGUAAGUUGCAACGUAAUAUUGUCUAUUUCAGAACGUUUUUGCUAGAAUACCCGACUCUGUUGUGCUACCCGAUUUCACUUAUAUCUUGCACUCGAGAAUUUUGCCCCCUUUUCGACCAACUUGGAUUCAAAAUGUUUUGGUAUAUGCAUUGGUCAUUGGUUUUGUUAAUAGUUAUUGUUAGGCUU